AUGUUUAUUUAUUACUUACUUACUUACUAUCUAUCUAUCUAUCUAUCUAUCUAUCUAUCUAUCUAUCUAUCUAUCUAUCUAUCUAUCUAUCUAUCUCAGUCUGUUCAUUAUCUAUCUAUUUAUCUAUCUAUCUAUCUAUCUAUCUAUCUAUCUAUCUAUCUACCUAUCUAUCUCAGUCUGUUCAUUAUCUAUCUAUCUAUCUAUCUAUCUAUCUAUCUAUCUAUCUAUCUAUCUAUCUCUAACUUUCUUAGUCUGUACCUAUCUAGUGUACAUAAUAAAAUAAGUGAACAUUUUAAUCCUUAUUUAUUAAUAUCUAUCUAUCUAUCUAUCUAUCUAUCUAUCUAUCUCAGUCUGAACUUCUUCCGACCUACCAACCUAAUAAUGCUAAAAACCAUAUCUCAUCGAAGAAACUUGUAUAAAUUGAAACUAUAUGCCAAGCUUCUGGCGAAGAACUGUUCGUUUCUUUGGAAUACAGGAGGAAUCAGUAUUUCCGGUCGGGAAGGGCGCAUCCAUCCCUAUUAUGUCUGCAACCGACUCAAUUUGUCCUCCAUUUUUAAAUUGUACACCUUCCGCCUCUUUAAGUCAACCUUCCGGCGAAGAACAGCUAAUUUCUUUGGAAUACCGGCGGAAUCCGGAUGUGAAACUAUUUCUAUUUACUCACUGGUCUCCGUUGACAAGGAGGGACCAGUGAGAAAAUAUUUAUCACCGUCUGUUUCUUUCUAUCUAUCUAUCUAUCUAUCUAUCUAUCUAUCUAUCUAUCUAUCUAUCUAUCUAUCUCAGUCUCUUCAUAUAUCUCUGUCUGUUUCUACCUAUCUACUUUUCUCAGACUCUUCCUAUCUAUCUAUCUAUCUAUCUAUCUAUCUAUCUAUCUAUCUAUCUAUCUAUCUAUCUCAGUCUCUUCAUAUCUAUCUAUCUAUCUAUCUAUCUAUCUAUCUAUCUAUCUAUCUAUCUAUCUAUCUAUCUAUCUCAUCUAUAUAUAUCUAUCUAUCUAUCUAUCUAUCUAUCUUAGUCUGUGUCUAUCUAUCUAAUUUUCUGAAACUCUUCCUAUCUAUCUAUCUAUCUAUCUAUCUAUCUAUCUCAGUCUCUUCAUAUCUAUCUAUCUAUCUAUCUAUCUAUCUAUCUAUCUUAGUCUGUGUCUAUCUAUAUAUUUUUCUGAAACUCUUCCUUUCUAUCUAUCUAUCUAUCUAUCUAUCUAUCUAUCUAUCUAUCUAUCUAUCUAUCUCAGUCUGUUCAUAUAUCACAAUCCGUUUCUACGUAUCUACUUUUCUUAAACUCUUCCUAUCUAUCUAUCUAUCUAUCUAUCUAUCUAUCUAUCUAUCUAUCUAUUAUGACCGACUGAAAGCUACGAGAAACCUGUUUAAUGUUUGCGGACCGAAAUAUCUGGAAUAA